AUGGCGUUUGGCAAACGGGUCACGGAACUACUCGACACAUACUCGCAAUGUCUGAAGCAUCUUGGAGGGCCGAGAGCGGUGCAGGAGGCUGUGAGCAGUGGCCGUCCAUCGGUCUCGGAGCUCUACCGGACACUCGAGUCUGACCGAGAUCGGGUUCGCCGGCGGUACUCGACGCGUCUGAGCGAGACCGGCAGCCGUCUGGCCAAGGGCGAUGGUCAGCACCCCGUCUUUCUUUACAUUGUUAGCCCUCCGCUAACAUACGUGGCAGGCCAUGCCAGAUCGGCACUCCGACGCAUCAUCCGGCGGCUGCAGGACGUGCUGACCAAGCUUCUCGGUAGCAGAAAAGCGGCAGGCGGCCCACGGGUCGACUACGGUUCGUUGUGUUCGCUGUCUGAGGCGUCGCGGAUGCGUGCCGUCGAGACCAUUGACGCUCUGUCUGUGCGUCUCGGCAACAUCGGCGUGCCGCUGGACAAGCAAAGCAAGGGUACAGCUUCCAAAGGAGCUCGUGGUGGCUGUGGACGGGAGAAAGCGCAGCCAGCUCGACAGAGAACAAAGUCGCGGUCCAGCAAGCGGCAGCACGACGAGAAGGGACCGGCAACGAGACGGAAAGAGGCAGACGGGAAGCGACACCGGGACAAGAAACGCCCCGACAGCCAUGGAGGGCAGCAAGGUGCAGAGCGAGGCGACAAGCGGAUCUCGCGGGUCUCAGCUUCGUCUGGCAGCACGAGGCUGGGCUUCAUACCCGAGCACAAGUGGGCGCAGAGCGACGAGACGGGAGUCGCGGAGGACGAGGGAUACUACAAUGUGCGGCCAACGUAUCCUCUGCGGCCGUACCACACACCGCCAGAGAAGGUCGAGAGGAGGAAGGGUUUCUGGAGCUUUCUGCGACGUUCGGCGGUUUGA